CAAGCAUUAUUUUGUUUUACGUCAUUGCUGUGCGACUAACGACCGAUAAUAAAAAAGGAAGCUAGCGAAACCGUUGACUAAAUGGUCGAACAUACUGCCUUCUAUUGUUGGGAUUUGAGUAACACCGCCAGGGAGGGAUGAGGAUUCGGCUGCAGGGCUCAGGCCACGCCGCUGGCCUCCUCGCCGAACUCAACCACUGCCGCCUGUCUCGCCUCUUCUGUGAUGUCAUCCUCCAGGUGGGGAGCCGCGCCUUUGCAGUGCACCGCGCCGUGCUCGCGUGCGCCGGAACCCACUUCCGCAGCCUGUUCUCGGGCAGGGGGACCCAGAUCGUAACCUCAGGAGCCGGAGCCACGACAACGUACACUCUGGAUUUUGUGUCCCCGGCCAAUUUUGAGAAGGUGCUGACUUUCAUCUACACGGGAGAGAUCUUCACAGACCUGAUAGAUGUAGGAGUGCUGUAUGAGCUGGCAGAGAGGCUGGGGGUGAGAGAGCUGGUGAGGGCCUGUCACGCUACCUUCCCUGACCUGCAGCAACCGGGCUCUGGCUCUGCAGACUGUGUGGUGGAUGGAGACCUGGACCCUGACAUGGUUGCAGCUGCUGCUGCUGGGUCAUCCGUGUGCUCGUCCUCUGCAGCGUCUUGUUCCUCCCUGUCAUCAUCUGCUGGUCCCUCGGCUGCUCCUACUCCAGCGGCGGCCCCCUCACCUCUCCCCCAGGGCAGCAGGGUGGCCAGGCUGGGCCGGGGUGGUGGACACACAGCCCCUCUGUCCCUGUCCCUCAAAGCAGAGGACGUCCAGUCUCACCUGGGCUAUGGACAGAUGGCCGAAGACAAACGGCUACAGCUGACAGGAGAUCAGCAGAGUUCAGUAGACAUGUCCACUGUAGCUGUGGUGGCUACACCUGGACCUCCCCUGCAGCUGAAGACUGAGGAGGUGGUGGUGGGAGACGGGGUUGGUAACGGUGAGGAAGAACAGAURGUAGUUAGUGGGAGUAGGGCUGGUUCUGUACCUCCAUGUGUGUCUGACUCCUGCUCCUACCCCGACUCAUCAGCCCAGCUGGGAGGGGACAUCUGUGGGGUGAGGGAGGCCCCCAUGUCCUCCUCUGGAGACCCCCUGGACAGCCUGCAGAUGGGAGUGGUGGAGGCUGGGGUGGGAGGGGUGAGCUCUGACCACGCAGGGGUCAUCUUUGGGGGGGAGGAUGAUGAAGAUGAUGAUGAAGAGAAUGAGGAAGAGAGAGAGCAUCUGCAGGGAGAUGAAGAAGGGACUGAUGGAGGAGUGGACCAGUGGAGACAGCUGGCUGGAGAGAUCAUUGAGUUGAGCGAUGGCGAGAACUACAUGGAGGAGGAAGAUGAGGAGGAGGAUGAAGACGAGGACUUGGUGUGUGUGGAGAACGGAGCAGCGGUCAGUGCAGGAGGUGUGAACACUGGCCAGGUGUCGUCGGUGCAGGGUAUAAUGGCGUGUAAAGCCUGUGGAAUGGCACUGUUGRCAGACUCCGCUUCCCUGAGGGCCCACGCAGAGACCCACCUCUCUGAGACAGGGGCCUGCAGGGUGUGUGGGGCAUCUUUCCCCGGAGACCGUGGCGCCAGCAUCACCCACGCCCUGUCCCAUGUGGUGUUCUCUUGUGACAUGUGUCAUCUCCAGUUCAACAGCCAGGCCAAGUUGGUACGCCACCGGCGCCAAGCUGCAGCCAGGUACACCCUCCCCAGUCAGCUCCACAACGCCACCCAGGGGCACAACGGGGAGCUGCAGUGUGCUGUCUGUAACAAAGCCCUCACCAAGGACUUCCAGGUCAUCAGGGAUCACCUGCUUAGUCACGUGUCUAUCCAGUCACUGAGCUGCGGUGUGUGCCAGCUGCCCCAGCCCUCCCUGUGUGCCCUGCUGUGGCACGCCCUCACCCACCUCUCCCUGCCAGUCUACUCAUGCCCGCUCUGCGCCUGCGGCUUCCUAGAUCGCCCUCUGCUGGACAGACACAUGUUCCUGCAUGCUGAGGAGGCCGCCACUGACAGAGAGGCCAUGAGGGCUCAUAAAGCAGCCGGACCAGAGGGAGAGGAGGAGCUGCGUUGCUUCUUAUGCCCACAGACCUUCCGCUCCGCCUCAGCCUUCCAGUACCACCUGAGCUUUCACACCAACGAGGCCCAGGGCAGCCAGGGGUGGGCAGGGAAACGAAAGGCUGACCAGAUAGAGUACCCUUCCUCUUGCUCCUCCUCCUCCCCCCUGGASGCAGGCAGCCUGGGGAAGCUGGGCAACAUGGGCUUCGGCCUGGGCUCCUUCAGCCUCUCAGACAAGCUGCUCCAGGGGGCCGUGGCGGCUGGCUUUCCCACGGGCCUCCUGUCCAAUGGGAACUCCAUGGGUGGCACCAUCCCCCGGGAGAAAUGGUACCGCUGUCGCUUCUGUGGCAAACGCUUUGCCCACUCUGGCGAGUUCACCUACCACCUGCGCAUCCACACUGGGGAGAAGCCGUACCAGUGCAAGGUGUGCCUGAGGUUCUUCCGAGGGCGCUCCACUAUGAUCUGCCACCUGAAGACCCACGCCGGGGCACUCAUGUACCGCUGCACCAUUUGCGGCCUCUACUUUUCCACGCUCAAGCUGGUGUCCUCCCACAUGGACGUUCACAAAGACCACCUGCCUCCAGACUUCAACAUAGAGCAGACCUUCAUGUACAACGACCACUCCAAAGAACCCCUCCCCGCCCUGGACACCUGAUCAGCUACUCCUCUGGUGUCUUUCACUUCCUUUUCUUCCCCCCGUCUCUUUGUCUGCCUGUCUCUCGCCCCUUCUCUCCCUCUCUUUUCCACUCGCUUUCAAUACCUCUUUCUGGUUGUGGACCAUAUCUAUAGCCGUGUAGAAUGUAUUUCACUUGUUUUAUGUCUGUAUUUCAGAUGGUAUUAUGGAUCGAAGAGACCUGUUUUGUAGCAUAGUGUCGCUGGAAAGGUCAUCUUUCUUGGAAGAAGCUUAGCCACUUGGUGGCAGUAUAUCUAUUGUGGUCUAUGGAAGGAAGGACGUGCUACUGUUUACAACGCAAGUCCAUUGGCUUUUCCUAAGUUGCAGUCAAACUUUGUCUUAAGUGUCUUCUUACUCAGUUUUACAAAAAAUGAAUAACAUUUUUCUAUCACUGUAAGCAUUUUGUCAGUUACAUGUUCAUCCAUUUUUAUAUUAAACACGUGACAGACCAUUCAUGUGUGUCUGAGUGAAACACAAUAUUUGCCACGCUGCACCAAGCAUAUGUACCCAUUAACAUGGGUUAAGUGUACCUGACCAGUCAUACUUUGUAACUGAAGAAUGGGAGGAUGAAUGAGGCCUUGCUGUAUCUGUUCCCUAGGAAACCAUUUAGGUAGAUCUUCCUCAAAGCAUUUGUUAUGUUGUGAUAGACUAUAAUGCAGACAUUAUAUAGUAGUUCAUAUGUGUUACUGAUCAGAUGGUAUGAACGGUAGUUUCCAACCAGAGUGCCAUUUAGUCACGCAAGAGGUUUAAAAAUUCACAGGAAAUCAUGUCUGCCUUGUCUCAGCAUUUCAAAGGCACUACGUUAUGAGUAUUGUGUUUUGUAGACUUGUGGUCCUUCAAGUGCUCACUUUGGGUAUGAUGACAUUUAAACAACUAUUUGGUGUCUCACCUCAUCAGUCGGAUUAAACUAUUUAUUAUUUUAUGUACUUUUUUAAAAUGAGAACUAUGAACGUUGGCCUUUAUAUCUCGUUUCUAGUUCUGAAAAGAAUAAAGUAAAUAUAACAAAUAAA